CUCUCCCGUCUUGCCCAGCCAUGUCGUUCUCGUUCUCUGGCCCAGACUACAAGGGCACCGAAGAGUCGACCUUCCCGCAGGCACGCGUCCGCAACAUCAUGAAGGCCGACCCCAACGUCAAGUCGGUCUCCUCUUCGGCCCUCUUCCUCGUCUCUCGUGCCACCGAGAUGUUCCUUGAGCACCUCACCAUUGCCUCUCUCCAAAACGUUGCACUGCGCAAGGAGGGUGGCAAGAAGACCAUCAUGUAUCAGGACGUCGCCGCGGCUGUCCGCGAGCGCGACGAGCUCGAGUUCCUGGACGACAUUGUUCCCGAUCCCAUCACGGUCGAGCAGCUGGAGGCCACCCGUGCAGAGUAUCCUCUUCUGCCUACCUCGACCGCUACCGAGGCGGCUGGCGCACAGCCUGCUGCUGCAUCCACGGCAGGCGCGGCAGCCUCCACAUAA